UUUUUUCCUCCGCUCCGACUCGGUUUGAUUUUUCUCUGAUCGGUGAUUAUUAUUAUUACUAUUAUUUUUUCCCUCCCCGGCGGUUCCUGUCCGUGCUACAUGACUUGCCAGCGCUUGAGACUGCUGUCCAACUGCGCUGCCGCCGCCACCGCCGCCGGUGGUGCCGCCGCCGCCGCCUCGGCCACCGCCACCGCUUCGGCCGCCGCCUCCGCCGCCGCCCCGCGCGCAGCUCCCUCAGCCGCCGCAACUUUCCCCCUCAGACUAGUGUGUGAUGUUGGACAUGGGAGAUAGGAAGGAAGUGAAAAUGCUGCCGAAAUCCUCCUUUAGCAUAAACAGCCUGGUUCCCGAAGCCGUCCAGAGCGACAACAACCACAGCAGCCACAGCCACCACAACAGCCACCACCCCCAUCACCACCACCAUCACCACCACCACCACCACCACCCGCCGCCGCAGCAGCCCCAGCGAGCGGCCGCAGCCGAGGAGGAGGACGAGGAGAAGGGGCAGCACCUCCUGCCGCCCCCCACCGCCACCGCCUCCGGCGCCCUGGAGGUGGCCAAGGCGGACAUGCUGGCGGGCAAAGGCGAGGCGGGCGCGGCGGUGGCGGCGGCGGCGGAGCUGGAGGAGAAGGAGAAAGCGGCCGAGGAGAAGAAGGGGGCGGCGGAGGGGGCCAAGGACGGGGAGAGCGGGAAGGAGGGGGAGAAGAAGAACGGCAAGUACGAGAAGCCGCCGUUCAGCUACAACGCGCUCAUCAUGAUGGCCAUCCGGCAGAGCCCCGAGAAGCGCCUCACGCUCAAUGGCAUCUACGAGUUCAUCAUGAAGAACUUCCCCUACUACCGGGAGAACAAGCAGGGCUGGCAGAACUCCAUUAGGCACAACCUCUCGCUCAAUAAGUGCUUCGUCAAGGUGCCCCGCCACUACGACGACCCGGGCAAAGGGAACUACUGGAUGCUGGACCCCUCCAGCGACGACGUCUUCAUCGGGGGCACCACCGGCAAGCUCCGCCGGCGCUCCACCACCUCUCGGGCCAAGCUGGCCUUUAAGCGAGGCGCCCGGCUCACCUCCACCGGACUGACAUUCAUGGAUAGGGCAGGAUCCUUGUACUGGCCUAUGUCCCCCUUCCUCUCCCUGCACCACCCCCGGGCCAGCAGCACUUUGAGUUACAAUGGGACCACGUCCGCCUACCCCAGCCACCCCAUGCCCUACAGCUCAGUGUUGACUCAAAACUCCUUGGGAAACAACCACUCCUUUUCCACGUCUAAUGGGUUAAGUGUUGAUAGACUAGUCAAUGGAGAGAUACCUUAUGCCACUCAUCACCUCACAGCAGCAGCUCUGGCCGCCUCAGUGCCGUGUGGCUUGUCAGUUCCCUGCUCCGGCACCUAUUCCCUAAACCCCUGCUCUGUAAAUCUCCUAGCAGGACAGACGAGUUACUUUUUCCCCCAUGUUCCUCACCCUUCAAUGACUUCUCAAAGCAGCACUUCAAUGACGGCCAGGGCAGCCUCCUCCUCCACGUCGCCACAGGCGCCCUCCACUCUCCCCUGUGAGUCCUUAAGACCUUCUUUGCCAAGUUUUACAACGGGACUUUCCGGAGGACUUUCUGAUUAUUUCACACAUCAAAAUCAGGGGUCUUCUUCAAACCCUUUAAUACAUUAACAUCCAUGGGAUCAGACUGUAAGUGAACAUUUUACACACAUUUGCAUUGUAAAUGAUAAUUAAAAGGAAAAAAAAAGCAAAACAAAAAAGUCCAGGUAUUUUUUAUUAAGUCCCCCAUUUUCUGUACGUUUGUUCAGUCUUUAGGGUUGUUUAUUAUUCCACCAAGGUGAGGAGUGUCAGCAAGGUGCAAUGUGGGGAGAUUGCAUUGUAGACUAUGAAGUUUGGAAGACAAAAUUAUAGUAGAAUGUGUAUCUAAAUAGUGACUGCUUUUGCAAUUUUUUACUCAAAUAUGAUAAGUCUAUCACUAAAAGCCGCCCGAUUCUCCAUGUUUGCAGUAUUAUAAGUUAUCAUGGAUAUGUCGGUGGGUGCAGACCUUGAAAGAAAAUAGAAAACCAAAUCAAACCACUAAAUUUAUGAAAACUAUAAAAAACUUAAAACAGAAUUUGUAUUUAAGCAGAAUUAAUACUGAAAAAAUGCCCAAGAUCUACUUUUGGCCAUUUAUUAUUUUAUUAUUUUCUUUACCGAAUUCCUUUUUUUUGUUUGUUUACUUUUAGACCAAAGAUUGGGUUUUAGAAAAUGCACUCAGUGUACGAAGUAAUUUAAAAAAAAAAAAAACAGCAACAUUAUUUCAGUUUGCAGCACUGCCCGUUCAAAUGAAUCAGAAGGGGACAAAAUUAAUGAUUGCCUUCAGUUUGUGUUGUGUAUAUUUUGAUGUAUGUGGUCACUAACAGGUCACCUUUAUUUUUUUUCUAAAUGUAGUGAAAUGUUAAUACCUAUUGUACUUAUAGGUAAACCUUGCAAAUAUGUAACCUGUGUUGCGCAAAAGCCGCAUAAAUUUGAGUGAUUGUUAAUGUCGUCUUAAAAUUUCUUGAUUGUGAUACUGUGGUCAUAUGCCCGUGUUUGUCACUUACAAAAAUGUUUACUAUGAACACACAGAAAUAAAAAAAUAGGCUAAAUUCAUAUAUACUUGAUAGUUUUUUUGUCUCUUUUAUUAACCCUAAUGUGGCAGAGGCUUUAAAGUUACAGUGAGAUAGAUCAGAGCGCUGCUUAUUGCACAGUCCACCAUUUUUCAUAUGCUCCUUUCUUUCUCCCCCCGCCCCCUCCCAUGCUGUCUUUAACUGCAGUAUUUUCAAAUGUAAAGGAUCACGGUGUUUAAUCAGACACCGUGGCCACUAUUUUGAUGUCCAUUUUGGGGCAGAACUCUUAUAAAGUCUGCUUAAAAAUUGUUAGUAGGAGCUCGGGUGUCUUACUAAAAAUCUGACUUAGGCUGAAAAUGCUUAACAUUGCGUAUGUAUGCAUAUAUACAUACAUACAUAUACAAUUUAAGCGUAUAAGCACACAUUGGGAAAAAAGCCAAGGUGCACUGUUGUAUAGGUACGUGUUCUUCCUGCAAUCUCUGAAAUGCAUUCAAAGACUUAUUCUCCUGAAAGAAAUUAAUUUCGUCUCUGUGAUGACUCGAGAUAUAUUGGCGAAGGAUGUGUAUGUGUGCCUAUAUACACACACAUAUUAGCUAUCAUAUGCUCGUUUGGCCAAAUUUAGCAAGCUAUGGUAUGUACGUGUAUAAAAUAUAACGCGAAUCUUAAAGGAGCUCUCCUCCGGAAGUGUCUGGGCUGUGUGUAUCGAUAUAGUUUUGGUGCUGCGGGCACUUUGGCUUGAGGUUCGGUGCGAGUAGCGGUAUUUUUUGGCAGGCGGCUCCGGGCUCGGCCCCUCGGGCCGGGCAGGGGGGCAGGAGCGGAGCACGGUGAGGUGCUGAAGGCGCAGUCCAUGGCAGGCGUCACGUGACACCCUGCCUCGCAUACCGAUGUUUAAACCUUUUAGGGGCUAAAAACGACCAAGCAAACAAACAAACAAAGAAAAAGAACCGACAAAUCAAGCCUGCGUGGAUGCGCUUACGUGCAAAGUUUUGAAAAGGGGAUCUUUUUCUCUCAGCCCAGUAACUCGCGCAGGCGUCCCUGAGAAAGCUCCGUUGCCCUGAGAAUCGAUCCAUUAGUUUUGAGGGGGCAACGCUGCUAGUAAUUUUAAGAAGCAUUUAAUCCUUGAAAGAAUUGGUGUCUUGAUGAGUUUAGGGAAGCCUAUAAAGGCCACAACUCUUGAAAAUAAUUAGAAAACUUGUGCAAAAGGUUUAGGAACUAAUUGGAUCCCGCGGUGAGUCCGCAGAGGACAAGUUGUUCAUUUGUUACGUUUGUAGCCUAAACUGAGCUCUGCAGCAGCGCAAUAAAUCGGCGACUGCUCACAAUAGGCCCAAUGAAAAAUAAUCUUUAGGUCGGAGAUGUUAUCGCAAACGCUUUAAAGAGCUUAUCUUAAAAAGACAGAAAAGAGGAA